UCUGCCAAGACAGCCUCCAAGAAUAAAAGCAAUUGUAGCCAGUCCGAUAUUUCUCCAGCACACGGGAGGAGAGAAGAUAUAUGAUAAUGAGCAAAGCGAUGGACACGAAGGCGUUGUUUCCCAAGUUGAAGCCCUUCCUUGCUGUGGUGUUCCUGCAAUUUGGCCUGGCAGGAAUGGACAUCCUAUGUAAGGCGGCCCUAAACAAGGGCAUGAGUAAUUACGUGCUCGUCGUCUACCGCCAUGCCGUCGCCACCAUCGUGAUUACCCCUUUCGCCAUCGUCCUAGACAAGAAAACAAGGCCGAAAAUGACACUCCCCAUCUUUAUCAGACUGAUGGUGCUUAGCUUACUGGAGCCAGUCAUUGACCAAAACUUAUACUAUUUGGGGAUGAAGCGCACGACCGCGACAUUCGCAGCUGCCAUGUGCAACAUUCUUCCGGCCAUCACCUUCGUCAUGGCUUGGAUCAUGCGGCUUGAGAAGGUGCAAAUGAAGAGCCUUAGGGGCCAAGCCAAGGUCUUUGGGACACUUGCAACGGUGGCCGGAGCCAUGAUCAUGACGUUAAUCAAAGGCCCAAUUCUCGAAUUAUUUUGGACAAAUGGAGGAGGGACAACCUCCAACAACAUUCCAAAUGGGAGUUCUAAUGGUGGGAUCAGCCUCCAGAAUUCCAUAAAGGGUUCUCUCAUGAUCACAGCUGGAUGUUUCAGCUGGGCUUGCUUCAUGAUUCUCCAGGCGAUAACACUACAAACAUAUCCUGCUGAGCUCUCUCUCACGGCGUGGAUAUGCUUUUUGGGGACAGUUGAGGGUACCGUCGUGGCUCUGGUCAUGGAAAGAGGAAACGCUGCCGUCUGGUCCAUCCAGUGGGACACCAAAUUACUUGCAGCUGUCUACAGUGGAAUAGUGUGCUCGGGAGUGGCUUACUACAUUCAAGGAGUGGUCAUGAAAGAUAGAGGACCGGUUUUUGUCACGGCCUUCAGUCCUCUAAGCAUGGUGAUCGUCGCUGUAUUGAGUACCUUCAUUUUAGCCGAGCAGCUUUUCUUGGGAAGGGUUGUCGGCGCCAUCGUCAUCGUGGCCGGUUUAUACCUUGUCGUGUGGGGCAAAAGCAAGGACUACGCGUCUUCUUCUUCGCCAAUAGACGAGCAAAAAGCAUUGCCGACAAAGUCGGUUGACCCAGGGGGCCACGGGAAGGAGAACUUCAGUCAUGAGAUGAUCAAGAUUAGUACAAGUAAUGACAAAGAAACUCCGGAAACUAACGGAAACUGAUUAGCCAUUCGAGGAUUUGACAUUUGUAGUGACAUAAAGUUCAUUAAUUAAGAAGAUUCGACCUAAUUAGUCGUUCUCGAGAUAA